AUGGCGAUCAAAAAAACAAAGCAGAGAAAAGCCAAGAAUACCAAGAAAGAUGUCAAACCUCAGUCGAAACAAACAAAGAGGCAGGAUGAAAAAGUGGUGAACAGCAACAGUGCUCUUUGGGAGCUGAAGCUGAAGAGAGCCGAGGAGGAAGUGACCCGCUACCGAAAGGCGUACUACGACAUGGUCAGCCAGAACGAGCAGCUCAGAAGUCUACUGUACCAGUCAGAGGUGCAGCAAUUUGAGACCACCGCUUUUUGGGAGAAAGAAUUCGGAGCUAAAAACGAGAGGAUCAGGCUCCUGGAGGCAGAGUUUGAAAGGCGAAGGGAGCGCGCCUUUGAAGAGGAGUGUGCGUGGGAAAUUAGAAAGAGACAAUAUCUCGAAGAGCUCCAGGUAGAAAUUGCGAAACACAAGAGCGCUGAGGCUUCGUGGCGGAGAAAAAUUUCCAACAUGAGGAACCAACUCAAUAUCACUAAGGUCGAGCACAAAGAAAGCCUGAGAAAAAAAGAAGAGGAACUUUCACUCUCGGUAAAACAAGCAGCAGAGAAAGAAAUGGACCUUAAAACACACUUUGAAAAGGAGAUAAACCUGUUAAAACAUACUCAAGAAAAAGCUAUUGUCCUGCUGAAACAUGAAGUGAAACAUGUUUAUGAGGAGCAAACCGGCAUGACUAAAAAACUGAGAGAUGCUCAGGCCGAGAUAGAGGAACUGAGGAAGCUGGAUCAAUCGUUGUCGAAGGACAAGCUCUUGCUGGCAGUGGAUAAAAAAAUCCUCACGUCAACAUUAAAGGAGACCAUUGCAGAGAUGGCGGCUCAAGAAAAGAAGCUUAAUGAAGUCAGUGCCAAAGUUCCCCUUCUUGAGCAGGCCCUCAAGAACAUAGAGGAAGAAUCAAGAGAGAAAGAGAAAACAAACCGAUUCACCAUCCAGGCCAGCGAGGCUGAGCUGGAAAAACUGCGGAGAAUCAUCGCCAGUCAAGAGAGAGAGAUGCACCGCCUCAAACAGCUGGCGAGGACCGUGGUAGAGAAACGUAAGGAGGUGGAAGUGUUUUUCCACGAAGCGCUGGAUCACGUCCGACAAGAGAUUGCGAACGACAGACACCGGUUUAAAGCGGAGGCACGUCAAGACUACCGGCAGAAAUUUAGAGAGGGCACGGUGAGAAAGACGAAGCUCCCGCCCAUCUGCACGUUCAAUCAAAACCCCAACAGCACCAACUCCGUCUAUUCGGACACGAAGGCUGCGCAAAAAUGGCCCCAUCCUCCCGGCAAGGAGGUUUCCAUGUCUGAGCUCACUUGGGAGCAAAAAGAAAAGGUGCUCAGCCUUCUCUUUGCCAAAAUGAACGGAUACGCAGGAAGUGCGGUCAACGUGAAGCUGGAUUUGUGUGAGUCCUGCACAAAGCGGAACGGCCUGCUGACACCGAAGCCGCCGAGCCGAAGGCUCAGCAGCAGAAAUGUGCAUUAA